AUGGAGAUCACCGGUGGAGAGUCCCUGAAACAUCUGCCAUCGGAUGUGUUGCUGCUGAUAUUUGGAAAGGUGGCGUCUCAUUCAAUUGAGGACAUAACUAACUUGAAGCUUUCUUGCUGGGGAUUUUAUUAUCUAGCCGAAUCAAAUUAUGUGUACGAGCGUGUUUCGCUGGAUAAGUUUGCGCUGGGACCAUUGGAGUGGGUCACAAAUGCCAAGCCUUUCCUUCAUCGAGUUAGGGUCAAUGGCAGUGAAGAAGAAGAAGGUGAGGCGUACUACAACCCAGAUCAAGUUUACAAAAGGUUUCGACAAGUUGUGUUUUUGAAGCGUUGUAGGGACACUGGCAAUCCGGAGGUGUUGUAUCGUGAGGGCUUGGUCAAUUACUCUCGAGAGACAUCGACUGCUGAUGUGCAAGCUUUGGCUCUUCAUGCCAUUAAGACUGCAGCAGAGAAAGGUCACCACGAUGCCAAGUACGCAUCUUCCAUCAUAUUGAUGGCCAGUGUUGAUGAAAGGGAGAGGUCUAUGGGCUUUGAAUUUUUUCGUUCACUGCACGACAAGUGCCUUUUGAGGCCAUGCAGACAACGUGUCAGACUUUUCAUCAGGUUGUUAUGGGUGCGCAAGGAGAUGGAUUAUCCAGGAAUUCCCAUUUGCAAUCCCAGCAUAUGUGAAACGCGAUUCACUGAGGAUGACCAUUCGUUGUCAGAGAACCAUGAGAUUGGUAACAUGCUUGGGUAUAGGGUCUAUCAACGUUGCAAGGCGGAUUUUGAAGUCCACUUAUUUUGCAUAAUGACUUUAAUAUGA